AUGGCGUUCGCUGCGGCGAGAAUGAUCCUGAAAGACAAGCGGCGGAAGGCCAGCAAGGAAGACUUCGCGCCAAGAAAUAGGAGCAAGGCCCGCAGCGCCAGUACAAGUAGCUUUAGAAGCCUGAGCCAGGCUCGCAACAAACCAGCAGAUGGAGUAGGCCAUGUGAAUCAAAAGGGCUCGACAGGUCAAAAAGCGCCAUUGACAGCCGGGCAGAAGGUGGCGCCUGGUGCGAAAGUUGCAGCGAAACCAGCUCAGAAACCCUCUGCUCAAAAGGGACAGGUUAAGGUUACGCCGAAAGCAGCUUCCGUGAAGACUGGCAAGAAUAAAAAGAAGGGCCAGAGGCAGCAGUACGACCUUAUCGUCACCAUAAAUCUGUCUGAAUAUGGACUCACGGAGGAUCAAGUGGCCGAAUUCAAGGAGGCGUUCAUGCUCUUUGACAAGGACGAAGAUGGCACUAUCACUAUGGCGGAACUUGGCGUGGUUAUGCGAUCUUUGGGACAGAGGCCGUCUGAAACAGAAUUACGAGAUAUGGUGAACGAAGUGGAUCAAGAUGGCAAUGGUACCAUCGAGUUCAACGAGUUCCUGCAGAUGAUGUCAAAAAAGAUGAAGGGUGCCGAUGGAGAAGACGAAUUACGCGAGGCAUUCAGAGUAUUCGACAAAAACAACGACGGCCUGAUCUCAUCGAAGGAGUUGCGACACGUAAUGACGAAUCUUGGAGAAAAAUUAUCGGAGGAAGAAGUGGAUGAUAUGAUCAAAGAAGCGGAUUUGGAUGGCGACGGAAUGGUGAACUAUGAAGAAUUUGUGACAAUCCUGACGUCGAAGAAUUAGUUCGAUGGCCAUGGAUCGGACAAGAAGCUAUCCAGCUGCCGGAAGUCUUCGUCGAAGAAUAGAAUCAAAUCCCCGAAAUCGUAACAAGAUGGUCAUCCUCUCGAACUCCGCCAUCGGAGACGUCGAUGAAAAGUCGUGAAACUAACAAUGUGGGAAAGUAGCUGAAAACUCUUCGAAGCUCAUAAAAUAUAAAAUACCGAUGUAUCUUUGAUUCGACAAGGAAGACGAGCAAGCCCGGGUUCAAUCGAUUCACGUGGCUCGCAGCUCUUUUCCCGCAUGAGGGUAAGUCAUAUCGGAAGACUGAUGAAAACUGUGUCUCGAGCGAUGGAGUAAUGAGCGAUGGUUGACGAUGGUGGAAAGUUUGCAAGAAAGGUGGAGAGAGUGUGAGUAAAGGAAACAGCAAUGUGACUUCCGCAGUUGCACACGCAUACACGCAUACACACCUCGCUCCUUCGAAUUAAUUUUACAAGUAUAAGUUAGCGAAAUGACAUUAUACGUGAAAACGAGUGAGGUGCUCGCUCCCGAAACAAUCAACUGAGCUUCGUUUAGCGUUUACCUACCUACUAUCUAUACUCUCUAUUAAUGCUAUACAACGUCGUUAUUGAUAUUGUUAGGAAUCAAUCGAUCCUUCUCCAUCCUUCGCCGAUCUCAUUUACACGAUACUACUGGCAUGACGAUCUCGUUCAACAGCGAAUCGCUAUCGAUGGCCUAAAAAUUGUACCGUAGAAUCGCACGCAAUGUUGAUGCGAUACGUGGCAUCGAAAAGUACAAACGGUAUUAGACCGAAGUCGUCUUGUUCGUUACAUCAAAAGAAGUUACGCUGUUGGGACGUAUUUGCUACAUGUUGCUAACUUGAUAUUUGAGGGGUGCAUCGGUCGAGACAAUUUUAACGUAACGCAUUCGAUCGAUAUGGACGUGUGCCGGGAUUGGAAUGUAGCGAAAUUUUUGAAUACCGAAGAAUACCACAGUGAAACGAUCGAGUAACUCGUCAUUCCUCUUCACUUCUGUCGUUCGAUCGGUAUUGUUCCUCCAAUUUUUGUAGGUUCGCUUGUAAACGAGACGAAUCCUCCCGGCUCGUUGUCGAGUCGGAUUUUAAACAUUAAUUGUCAUAAACAUUCUGGCCGCGGGACUCGACGCGAGAUAGCUCUAUAACGAUCUGUCUUCAAAUUUAGAUGAGUGUCGUUGGCAAGUAGAUUAGUUUUAACGAUGAUAUACUCUCGAUGGCAGAAUUUUUAGACGCAUGUUAUGGCGACAUGCCAAAACAGUCGCUGGAAA